CGUUUUUUUUCUUUCCUGUACCUGCUAACACUCACGGUUGAUCUGUUGCUUGUUCUCUGCGUUAAAUUGACGCAAUUGGCUUACUGGUGUCGGUUUUGGUGCCUUCUUUGUUUCUGUACUCUUUGAGCUAACUGAGUCAAUUCUUGUGUGUCCCUCUUUUUAUAUAGCAGUCCUCAAAGAGGUUUCACUACUUCUUUCUGUUGUGAUUGUUCCCGUCAUAUCUCAGUAGUUUCAUUCGUUUUAACGCGUUAUUGAAAAGCGGUUCUUUCGCCUGUUUGAGACAUUAUUCGCGUUUCGCAUCUGCAAUGGCUGUUAUUACGUGCGGUUACCCUCAAAGACGCUUGUUACGCAGUGUGAACGCUCUUUUGUCGAACGCAAACGCGGCUGUGCUGGCCUCGUCUUGUCUUUCCCAGCGUUUUUCCUGCACAUUACCGAAACCGUCGGUCAAGGAUCCCCUGUUUCAUGCUCUUGACACUUUUGAAAGUCGUCAUGUCGGUCCUACAAGCAAGGAGCAGGAAUACCAGCUACAGACAAUGGGCUAUGACAAGCUGGAGGAGUUUCUGAACGAUGUUAUCCCCGAAAGCGUCCGUGCUACCAAGCCCGUUAAGUUUAAGGGCCCUGUUGGUUAUUCUGAGAAGGAAUUGGAAGCUCUGGCCAACGAAAUCGGAAGAAGAAACAGACUCGUAAAGAGCUUCAUCGGCAUGGGUUACUAUAACACCAAAUUGCCUUCGGUGAUAGAGCGUAAUGUGCUGGAAAACCCCGCUUGGUACACUCAAUACACGCCUUACCAGGCCGAAAUCUCUCAAGGUCGUCUGGAGGCCAUGAUUAAUUAUCAAACAAUGAUUAUUGAUCUGACUGGCCUGCCUAUUACAAACGCGAGUCUUCUAGAUGAAGGCACUGCUGCCGGUGAGGCAAUGGCCAUGCUUAUGAACGCUGAUAAGAAAAAGCGCAAAGUGUUUUUGGUCGAUUCCCGCAUCUUCCCGCAAACAGUUGCGGUCCUGCGUACCAGAGCUACUGGCUUCAACAUUGACAUUCGAGUCGUUGACCUUUCUGUUGAUCUUAUUAAUCAACAUUCGAAGGAUGCUUUCGGCAUUAUGGUUCAGUAUCCCGCCGCUGAUGGUGCCGUUGAAGAUUAUGCCGAUUUGGCUGCUGCUGCUCAUGCAGGUGGAAUGAAGGUUUCUGCUGCCACGGAUUUGCUUGCCCUGACACUGCUAAAGGCGCCUGGAGAGUGGGGCGCCGACGUCGCUGUUGGCUCGACACAGCGUUUUGGCCUUCCUAUGGGAUUCGGUGGUCCGCAUGCCGGUUUCUUCUCUUGCACUGAAGAGUUCAAGCGUAAAAUGCCCGGUCGUUUGGUCGGAUUGAGUAAGGACCGGCUAGGCAACCCAGCUUAUCGCCUUGCGCUGCAGACUCGUGAACAACACAUUCGUCGCGAGAAGGCUACUAGCAAUGUUUGCACUGCUCAAGCUCUCCUUGCCAAUCUUUCUGUAUUUUACGCUAUGUACCAUGGACCUGAGGGAUUGAAAAAAAUUGCUAAUCGCAUUGUUGCAGCUACUACGGUUUUACGUAAAGGUUUGGAGCAGGCCGGCUACCGGAUUGUUAACAAGGCGCACUUUGAUACGCUCACUGUUAGCGUUCCUUAUGCCGCGGACGUCAUCGCCAGCGCACUCGCAAAUGGUUACAACCUGCGUAAGAUUGAUGAACGCCAUGUUGGUAUCUCGCUAGACGAGUGUUCAACAUACCGAGAUUUGGAUGUACUUUUUGAGGUGUUCAAUGUUCAGAGAUCUGUUUUUGAGGUUGCUAAAAGUUCUGGCAUUUCUGAUUUUAGCAAUGCGUCCAUUCCUCAAAGUGUUCGUCGUACAUCCGAAUUCUUAACGCAUCCAAUCUUCAGCAAGUAUCACUCGGAAACCGAGAUGAUGCGCUACCUUCAUCAUUUGCAAUCCAAGGAUCUCUCUCUUGCUCAUGCUAUGACUCCUUUAGGUUCUUGUACCAUGAAGCUUAACGGUGUUACUGAAAUGAAGACCAUCUCUAAUCCCAACUUCUCAAGCCUGCAUCCGUAUGUUCCGACAAAACAGACGGAGGGUUAUCGAAUGCUCAUCCACGACAUAGAACGUGAUUUGGCAGCCAUCACAGGAUUUGAUGCCACGAGCGUUCAACCUAUCUCUGGCGCAUCUGGUGAGUAUGCUGGCUUAAGUGUCAUUCGUGCGUACCAAAAGUCUAUCGGCGAAGGUCAUCGUAACAUUUGUUUAAUUCCCGUAUCCGCCCACGGAACGAAUCCUGCUUCUGCCGCAAUGGCGGGCUUGAAGGUUGUUCCGGUCAAAUGUUUGCCUAAUGGCUACCUUGAUAUCGAAGAUUUGAAGGCUAAGGCAUCGAAACACGCCGAUCAUUUGGCUGCUUUCAUGGUUACAUACCCUAGCACAUUCGGAGUUUAUGAGCCGCACGUUAAGGAAGCACUGGAAAUUGUUCACCAGCACGGUGCUCAAGUUUAUUUUGAUGGUGCAAACAUGAACGCGAUGGUCGGUUACUGCAAACCUGCUGAGAUUGGCGGUGACAUCUGUCACUUUAAUCUUCACAAAACCUUCUGUAUUCCUCACGGCGGUGGAGGUCCUGGCGUGGGUCCCAUUGCUUGCAAAAAGCACCUUGCCCCUUUUCUCCCCGGUAAUCCCAUUGUGAAGACCGGUGGUGAACAGGCCAUUAGUGCCGUUAGCUCUGCUCCUUUUGGCUCUGCCAGCAUUCUGCCAAUUUCUUGGGCUUACAUUAAAAUGAUGGGUGAAAGUGGCCUUCGUGGGGCCACUACUGCUGCUUUGUUGAAUGCAAACUACAUGGCGACACGUCUGUCUAAGCAUUAUAGUAUUUUGUACACAAACGAGAAAAACCGUUGUGCCCAUGAAUUCAUUGUCGAUUUCCGCUCUUUUAAGAAGACCGCUGACGUUGACGCUACAGACGUUGCUAAACGUUUACAGGAUUAUAGCUUCCAUGCCCCUACGCUCUCUUUCCCCAUCGCUAACACACUCAUGGUUGAGCCUACGGAAUCCGAAAGUCUACAAGAACUGGAUCGUUUCUGUGAUGCACUCAUUUCUAUUCGCGAAGAGAUUCGUGAAAUCGAGGAUGGAAAGCAACCUCGUGACAACAACCUGCUGAAAAAUGCGCCCCACCCGUUGAAGGAUAUCGUUUCGGAAAAAUGGGACCGUCCCUAUUCUCGUGAGCGUGCUGUUUACCCAGUAGCAAAUCUUAAGGAGCGAAAGUUCUGGCCGGCAGUUGCUCGUUUGGAUGAUCCUUACGGAGAUACCCAUCUGUUCUGCACUUGUCCUCCUGUGGAGAAUGCGAACUAAACAGCGGUUUCUUCAUUGUCAAGCGCAUGAUUAAUGCGUGCCGUCUUGUUUUCUAUAUCUGUUUUCAUUUGUCAGAAGACGCUUUGCAUGAACCACAUGGUUUAACCAAUCAAUCCUCUCUCUCUCUCAACAGCAGCUAAUGAACAGAGUGAGUGUAUAACUGAAGCGAGAGGUGUCUAGGUCAUCCUUACACUCCAUCUUGCCACUGUUAGUAAUCAUUCGCUCGCUAUAUCAUGAAUACAUUCUCUUUUUCUCCGCCUUUACGAGUUUAGAGAUUUGUCUAAAGUUUCAACACUUGAAUAAAUUACUAUUAUUAAGCAUAAGAGCUACAGGAAUAGCGGAAGGAGGA